UUUCUGUCAUGUUUACGCUGAACGCAGUCGCACGUCUCGGCUUUCUUCUCUUAUUUUAAUUACUCGAAGCAGAGCAAGUUGUCUGAUAUUUUCCCGGAACAGCCUAAACUGGUGUACGAGAGGAGGAAAACCCCGUUUCUGGCCGUUUUUAUUGGCGCUAUCUAGUCAGCGCUUCUCGACGACCAUGGCAACGGCCACCGUGGUGGAGGCUGAGGCGGCUCCGAGCGAGACAGGCGCCGCUGCUUUCUCCGGAGUCCGGACGACCGAAGGCUGGGAUCAGUCCCAGCUCCGACCUUAUCCGUUCCGCACCAAAGCUAUUCCUAGACUGUCUCACGCGGAUCCCAGAGCCGAGAUGCUCAUAAACAAGGAGGAACCGGUGGUUUUAACAGACACAAACCUUGUGUAUCCAGCUCUCAAGUGGGACAUCGCGUACCUCCAGGAGAACAUAGGAAAUGGAGAUUUCUCUGUUUACGUUGCAGAAAACCACAAAUUUCUCUACUUUGAUGAGAAAAAAAUGGCCAACUUUAAGAACUUUAUCCCCAAAUCACAACGAAUGGAGAUGAAAUUCUGUGAAUUUGUAGAUAAGAUGCAUAAAACUGAAGACAUGGGAGGAAAAGAGAGAGUGUAUCUGCAGCAAACCUUAAAUGACACAGUGGGGAAGAAGAUCAUUGUUGACUUCCUCGGUUUCAACUGGAACUGGAUCAACAAGCAGCAAGCCAAGAGAAACUGGGGACAGCUGACUUCCAACCUGCUGCUCAUUGGAAUGGAGGGCAAUGUGACACCAGCCCAUUAUGAUGAGCAGCAGAACUUCUUCGCACAGAUCAAAGGCCAUAAGAGGUGCAUCCUGUUUCCUCCAGACCAGUUUAAAUGUCUCUAUCCAUACCCUGUGCACCAUCCCUGUGACAGGCAGAGCCAAGUUGAUUUUGAUAACCCUGACUAUGAGAGGUUUCCUAAUUUUAAAAAUGUCUUCGGCUAUGAGGCUGUCGUAGGCCCAGGAGAUGUGCUCUACAUUCCAAUGUAUUGGUGGCAUCACAUCGAGUCACUGCUGAAUGGCGGAAUAACGAUCACAGUGAACUUUUGGUACAAAGGUGCUCCCACCCCGAAGAAGAUAGAAUAUCCUUUGCAAGCUCACCAGAAGGUGGCCAUCAUGAGGAACAUUGAGAAGAUGCUUGGAGAAGCACUUGGAAACCCGCAUGAAGUUGGACCUUUACUGAAAACAAUGAUCGAUGGGCGAUAUGAUCAGGAUCACAUUUAGAGCCGUGAUCAGUAAAAGUGCUCAACGGACUGCUUUGGAAAAUGCACACGCGAGCAAGCGAACACGCUUGUGUCCUGACUUUGGAGCUUCGUGUCGCCGCAUGGAGUUAUUUUCAAUCUUCAGGCUUCUGUCAUCAUAGUUUAAUACCGGAUGAAACAUUUCGUCCAACUCAUGGGAAUUGUGCCUACUGGAAGAACUGUUUUUGUAAAUCAGUAUUCUCUCGUCGUUAUUGUAGAAUAAGUGUUUGUAGUGUUCAGGUGCAUUUUCUCACCCAGUGUCUGAAAUUGGUACCUCAGACUUAAUAUUUCACCACUAAGUCAAAUGAGGCGUACGCUCUGAAACUUACACAUUCAACAAUUUAAUGUUUGGAUUUGAGGAAUGGAGAUAUACUUUAAAUUUCAGCUGAUUGAGGUCAUAUCCUUUAAAAACUUAAGGACUCCUUCUGGAAUGUGAGUGAUUGGAGGGAGGGGCUAAGUCAUAAAACAUGAAGUGAUUAAAAAUUGACAUAAAGUAUGUGUAUGUCGGGGGGGCUCAUAUUCACUUCAAUAAAUAUUUGGCAAUUUUUCUUUGAGCAGAGAGAUUGUUUUAUUUAUGCCACUGCUUGCUUGAUUUGUUUCAAGUCAUUUGUGUUAAUUCUGCAUGUGACUAAUAAGAGCUCUGAAAUGGAACUUUACAAAUUUAGCUGCAGGUACAUCUGAUUUUGAGGUUUAAAAUGUAGAUAGAAUUUGGAGUAACGUCCUAUACAAGUAAGGUUUGUGAAAACUUAGUUAAUCUGAAAUGUUUAAUAGCUGUAAUUAAUGUUGACAGCUUCCUUAGUGGUGCAGUUUGCAUACCACUAGAAUACAAAACAUGACUUAUGACAUACAAACACAAUGACGUGAUUAAACUUUGCUGCUGCAGUUUGUACAAAAAUCUAAUUCCGGUUUAAAACUUGCUCUUGCGUUUAUGAUUGUAGUGUAUCUUUACUUUCCUUUAGCCACAUUCUGAAGACCCGUGAGAGCAACUUGGUAAAUGUUGCUGUGUAGGUUUUCAGUGUAUUCUCACAUGUACAAAUGUGAAAUGACAAAAA